AUGCUAUUUUUCAGUUUUUUCAAAACACUAGUAGAUACCGAAGUAACAGUAGAAUUAAAAAAUGAUAUGGAAAUAAAAGGAAUAUUGAAAUCAGUAGAUCAAUAUUUGAAUUUAAAAUUAGAUAAUAUAACAUGUACAAAUGGUGAUAAAUAUCCUUAUUUACAAGCUGUUAAAAAUUUAUUUAUAAGAGGUUCAACUGUUCGUUAUGUUCAUAUGAGUCCAAAUUCUGUUGAUUGUACUUUAUUACAAGAUGCAUCAAGAAGAGAAGCUAUGGUUCAAGCGUCAAAAUAG